AUUCAUCAUCAUCUUCAUCAUCACCACCAUCAGCAGCAGCCGAAGCCCGCAGAUCGGAAGCGGAGGGGACAGCUCCAAGGUGCUGAAACUGGUUCGGAGAUAGAGAGGGGAAGAAAAAAGCAACAUAAGAUCAGCGUCUGCGGUAUAGGUUCAGAUUAAUUAACGUCUCUCCUGCUUAUCAGGGGCAAAUACAGGUCGAAACGAGGCCUUCGAAACAGAACCGGCUCAUUACGGCGUGAAACCGGUGUCCUUGCAAAUACAGACACACACACGGAAGCUAACUAAAGCAGGACGUUGCAUGAUGGAGAUGGCUGCCACUCAGGAUGUCAAGGGGAAAGGGGAGGGAGGAGACCAAAAUUUCGACUAUAUGUUCAAACUACUCAUCAUUGGCAACAGCAGCGUGGGAAAAACAUCCUUCCUUUUCCGCUAUGCCGAUGACGCCUUCACGUCCGCCUUUGUCAGCACGGUGGGCAUUGACUUCAAAGUUAAGACCGUGUACAAGAAUGACAAGAGGAUCAAACUGCAGAUCUGGGACACUGCAGGCCAGGAGCGCUAUAGGACCAUCACUACAGCUUACUAUCGUGGAGCCAUGGGUUUCAUCCUGAUGUAUGACAUUACCAAUGAGGAAUCCUUCGGCGCUGUGCAGGACUGGUCGACUCAGAUAAAGACCUACUCCUGGGAUAAUGCUCAGGUGGUUCUCGCUGGGAAUAAGUGUGAUAUGGAGGAAGAGAGGGUGGUCUCAGUGGAUAGUGGCCGCCUGCUCGCCGAACAGUUGGGUUUUGAGUUCUUUGAGACAAGCGCAAAAGACAACAUCAACGUCAAACAGACCUUUGAGCGUCUCGUCGACCUAAUUUGUGACAAGAUGUCUGAGAGCCUGGACACAGAUCCGGCUGUCACUACAGGAGCCCCCACCACCAAACUGACAGACAGCGCUCCGCCCCUCCAGCAGCCUGGAUGCAACUGUUAGUGAGCAGCGUUAGAAAGCUAUCAGGGACAGUAGAAUGCAGACCAUCACCCUGCCAAUACUGCCCUCUCUGGACUGCACUUCAAAGCCUCUUAAGUAGUAAAAUAGCAAAGGCUGUUGCAUUAACUCCCAACUUUAUCACAUUAUAUAAUAAACAAGUAACAAGGAGUACACUUAUUACUAAUGUAAAACAUAGCAUCACAGGUUAUUUAGAAUUGAGGGAACCAGUAUCCUUCAGCUAGUUAGUUUGAUCAUAAACCAGUUGGGUCUGGCAGAGCUUGAAAUAGUUCAGCACUUACACAGGUUGUCCCUCUGACCUUUAAUAUCUUUAAGAAAACCUAUACAAGAAAUAGAAUCAGUGAGUGCUUUAACACAUCUAUAAAAUCUUCUGUAUGGUGUAAAUUGUUCUUUUUUGGGGGGUAAUUUUUGACUCCUAGAGCUGCCAAAUCUAGGAUUUAUCGCACUAGGCAAUGUAGCGGCUUUCCUUUGUGUAACAACUGUAAUAAUAAGCCUCUGGCUGUGACUGUGCAGUAAGUGAGAAUGGAUUUGCAUGAGUGUGUCAUGUCAUGUUGCCAUUUAAUAAUCAACUACCUUUUAGGGGGAAAAAUGUGGCCUUUCAGCAUCUCCAACUCGGCCUCUGUAAGUCCCAUUCUAAGUCCUGCUUCCUUUUAGAAUGAACCGAGUCUGUGUAACUGAUGUGACAAGUUUCACCCUUUGCUGUAUGUAGAUGUAUGAAUUCUCUAAUAAGUAUCUUUAAAGCAACUCAAUCCUUAUCCUCAGCCUUUAAAUGUUUGAUGCAAAGAGCAUGCUGCCAAAAUAUCAAACAUACGUGCUGUUUGAUCUACAGAUAGGCCUUACCCAAAGCUCCUCAUCCUGAGCGCCAUUUCAUAAAGCACAGUAAAGCGUAUGAUAAAAGCAGAUGUGUCCUGGCAUGGAAUAACAGCCAUAAUUUGAUAUUCACCAUGAUUUGUGCUGUUACAGUAAAGCCUUUCUGUAAGAAAAGGAAAAUACACCCUGUAUGUUGCUUAAAAAAAGUCAUAAAUAUAAACCCAUCCUUGUAUUUACAGUCUAUAAUGUGUAAAAGUUGUAACUAGUUUAAACUUUCUAAAAGUCUCCAGUUCAUCUAAAAAAAUUCACAAAAAAGUGCCAAAAACAUUACAAUCCCCUUAACAUUGUCAGUUGCUUGUUCCAUAGGUAGAUAAAAAUACAAAAAAAAUAUAUGAAAAGGAAAAUAAAGAUGCAUGAAAUCAGUUCCAACAUUAUUGGUGUAGAAUUAUAUUCUGAGACACUGUAAAUAUCACUCUGUCUUACAGAUUUAGGAGCAUUAUCACGGCAUUCGCUGUGAAAUGCAAUGGGCCAACAAGUGCAAUAUUUUAUGGAUGAAAUCCUGUAAAUAGUUUCCUUUUGUCAUCUUGUCUAGCAGCGCCAUCUGCAGUUUGUGAGAGAAAAUUGGAUGUCAUGGUUCUGGAAAUGUUUGCCCUUUGAAAAGGAGUGAGAACCUGCAGUCACUGAGCGUGAUGUGUGAUGUUUGUAGUGGACAUAAAAGGCUGCAGAUGCCGGUCAAAAGGCCUGUUUUUGAAACCAUAAAA